AUGGAUAAUAAAGCAACUACACAAUCUAUAGCUAGAGAAUUAUCUCCAAAAAGUCCUACAGCACAUUGGAAGCCCAUAAGACUUAUCAAUUAUCAUGAUGAGCGUGAGAGAAUUAAAUCUUUAAAGCGAGGUGAUUUUAUCUCUAACUCUCCUUCAUUUUCCCUCAUUGGGGUAUGGCUAAUAAUUUAUUUAAAAGUGUUCUAAUUUUGGUUUUGAUAUCAUUAAUGAUUAUAUCGAAAUUAAUUAUUUUAAUUUGAUAAAAAAUUGUGAGAGAAUAGGGCAGAUUUUUUCUAUUAUAUUAAAAAUUCUAUUUGAAAUGCUAAAAAUAUUAUUCUAAUGUCUUAUAAAAAUUAAUCUUUUUACUUUAAUAGAUUGCUCUUUACUAAAAAUUUAAAAAAUGUAUAUCAUAAAUUUAACGGAACUAAGAUCAAUGACCUUACUACUUCUCUUGAAUAUGGCCAAAGCUCAAACAACUCUAUGAGUUUUUCUAACAGCAAUGCAUCUAUAAAUCAACCUUUAGUUUCAAAAAAGCUAUCUGUUAUGAAAGAAAGUAAACGAGAACUCAGUGCUGAUAAUAGUAAAUAUCUAUGCGAUAUCGCCACUGCAGCCAAGCAAGCACUCUCGAAAAAUCCAAGCCAAAAGUCGAGAAAGCCAAGCCAUGAAAAUCACAAAGAACCCGAAGAAAAAAAAUCUGUAAAGCAUGAGCAAAGUCAUAAAGAAAGCUUGUACUCUACGUUAAAAAAGCUGAAAACCACUGCUUCAAAUGAGCCACAGAAAGUAAAGAAAAUUGAUAUAGCUUCAAUUCAUAGCAAUACAAAUAUUAUAAGAUCAACAAGAGUUUCACCAGUUGGGACUCCUAGAAUGAAGAGCCCGAUGAGUCCGACAACUCCAUUUUCAAUAGCACGAAACUGCUCACAAAAACAACUAAAUUUAAAAUUUUCACAAGAAUGAAUAGGAAGUCGUAAUGGCUCUCCAGCUGAUAUAGAUAGAUCAAAAGAUAAAUAUAAGAUGCAUAUAGAAGAUCCAAAGCUGGAAAAUCUAGAGGCUUUAAUGUCAGCACAAAAAACAGAGUCGACCAAGCACAAACGGCUGACUAAGGAUCAAGAAAAUAAUCUUGUUAAUAGGCUUCAGAAGACGCCGACGUCUUCUUUAAGAUUUUUUAAGCAAUAA